GGCCUGCAUGCUUUGCCCAGCUGGUGCAGUGGCUCCUCCUGGCUCAUGGAGGGCAGUGUGACCCUAGCCCUGCUGUGGCUGUGCACAGGGCUGGUGGCUGCCUCAGAGGAGCAUGCGAUAAAGGACUUCGACUUUCUUAAGUUUGCAGGCCUGUGGUAUGAGAUCGCCUUCGCUGUCAAGGCGGGGGCCCCCACCAAGGCCCCCAAGGUGGAGAAGAUAGGGGCUGUGAUGCUCCAGCUGGAGAACAGUUCCCUGGUUCUGACAGCCGCGCAUUAUGAGGAGCACUGCGUGGUGGAGAAGACCACAGCCAUAAAGAAGGUCGUUCCAGGGACAUUCACCAUCGUCAGGGAGGGUGGAAACAAAGAGGUCCGGGUUCUGGGCACUGACUACAAGACCUACGCUGUCAUGGACGUCCACUUCACGAUGAAUGGCAUCAGGCAUCAAGUCUUGAAGCUUUACAGCCGGAGCCUGGACAACAAUGAGAAGGCCCUGGAGAAGUUCCGCAAGGUGGCCCGCGAGCACGGGUUCCAAGAGCCAGAUUUCCACCUGCUGCAGCGUGACAUGGCCUGCGUGACAGCGCUGCAGGGGUCGGUGUAGAGCAGCUCCUGCCCAGGCCCUGCCUCUCCUGCGCUGCCUGGGGGCUACCUGCUCCUACCCCAAUAAAACCCAC